AUGCUUUGCUCCCAUGUAGACCAAUCCCUUCAGCGCUUCUUGGAUUGGUGCUUCGAAGCAGGCAUCCGUGCAGGCAGCCUGGACGUGCGAUCCUUGCGGGGGAGGGGCAGGCUGCUGCAGGCGACCCACGAGUUGUCAGAAGACGUGGAAAUCCUCUACGUGCCAGCCGAUGCGAUCAUUUCAGAAGGUGUUGCAAGUCAAACUUACCAGGCCUCACAUUGGUCGCUUGGAGUUGCGCACCGCUUGGUGGAAGAGGAUUGCUUGGGGCGUGAGUCUCGCUUCCAGCCAUAUGUUCAGCUCCUACUCGAAGGUGAGCCACAUGACCUUCAGAUCAUGGAGCGUUUGCCGGGGUGCGCAGGGUCUCUAGCGCGUGAGAAGGUCAAGCUUCGUGCGCUGCACAUCGCUGAGCUUUGCGCUGCCAUGCCAACCUGUACCGCUGAUCGCGCAGCCCGCGCAGUGUACGCGGUGGAUUCGAGGACGGUCUACUCGCAUCCAGCUCAAGCUCGCGCUCUUGUUCCAUUCUUCGAUUUUGUGAACCACAGUGCCUGCCCAAAUGCACGCUGGACCAUGGACUCUGAUGGUUCUCUCCGGCUCGUCACCACUACACGUGUAGAGAUUGGUGAGGAGGUGACUAUUUCUUAUGACUCGAUUCCCAACGCGCGCUUGCUCGUGACCUAUGGCUUCGUGCUGGAUGGUGAAGGACCACACAGGAGCGUCGACUUGAAUCUGCCAUUUGGGAAGCUGCCAGACACUCUGGAUGAGGGCGGACCAGAUGCAAAGCAGCCUGUGCAGGUACAGAUUCUUGGCAAUGGGACACUAAGAAGAAGAGCUCCAUUAGUACCUCUGCUGCACAACCUCUGUUCGCGCUCUGAGACAGUGCUCGCGGAACAUCUUGCGAAGCAGGUUGCAGUGGAGCUCGAGCAAUGGCAAGCUGCAGAUGCCAAGGAAGACAGUCGACUAACCUUGUUAAUCGACAUGAGUGUUGAGGUGUUGCAGAGCUUUCUUGAACGGAUCUUGUCCUGGAUUCAGGCAGCCGAUGCGAAGCCACUCAUGUCUGCACUGGGCCCGCCGGAAGAGGCCGUGACAGGUCACAGCACAUCAGAUGAUUCACAGGACAGCUGA